AUGGGUAUAAGUAAGGAAGAUGACGCUCGCGUUCCCCUUUUAUUCAACGAGCCAAUUGAUGCAAAUCAUGAAUCGUGGGCGGCCGCCAUGGCAAAGUCCGGCCAGAACGACCCAGAGCCUCUCCGCAUCAGAGAGCGCCUGAGUCAUUUCAACGGAAUGCUGCUCUUUGUAAUGAUUUACAUGGCCUUUUGCGCUCUCAACUUUGGCUAUGAUGUUGGGACCUUUGGCGGCGUGCAGGGAAUGCAGAGCUUUACCACAAUGUUUGGCCAACGUGACCCCAAUACUGGCUUAUACGUUUUGCCGGGGUGGUUAUCGUCUGUUAUGACGGCGACUCCUUUCCUCGGCAAGGCCUUGGGAUGCAUAUGUGCAGGAGCUUUGGCUGAACGUUGGGGACGUCGGGCGGCAGUUCUUGGGCUUUGCAUCUCGUCUAUCGUCGGCGCACUACUUCAAGUCAGUGCGCAUUCUGCGACCCAAUUCACUGUUGGAAGAGUCAUCACCUUCACCAUGACAGGAAUGGCCAUUGUCGUCGUCCCCAUAUACCAAGCCGAGACGGCACCCAAGGUCCUACGAGGCAUGUUCACCUCGACGAUCCAGCUAAUGAUUGUUCUCGGUCAGCUCAUUGCUACCCUGGUCACAUAUGGCACGCAGGAUAUCCCUGAGCCAAGAGGAUGGCAGAUCCCCGUGGGACUUCAACUGAUCAUUCCUGUCGUGAUUCUUGCUUUCCUCCCCCUUUUGCCCGAAUCUCCUCGCUGGUUGCUGAGCCGUGGGCGCAAGGGUGAUGCAUUACGCAGCCUUACCAAGCUCAGGGGCUCAGCUUCGGAAGGAGAAGUGAGUAAAGAGAUUGAGGCCAUUGAAUAUGCGCGUGCGAAUGAGCAGCAGGGCUCGUGGUCCGAUGUUUUCAGUGACAAGCAUAGAGUGAGGACAAUGGUCGCUGUGCUAGUCAUGUUCGGACAGCAGAUCACGGGCCAGGCGUUCCCAUCCCAAUAUGGCGUCGUGUUCUAUCUGUCACAGGGUUUCGGAAGCCAGGCCUUCUUGUUCAAUGUCAUCAGUAACAUAAUUGCACUUGCGGCCGUGGUGAUCACCCUUUUUCAUGUCGACUCAGUGGGCAGGCGGCCAGUACUUCUGGUCGGGGGCGCAUUCAUGGGUGCAUUUCUCUUCAUUUUGGGUGGGAUGGGGACUCUGGUGAGCUCAACUAUGAACGUACAUGAGCGGAACGUGAUUGUGGCUUCUCUCAUGAUGUUCUCAUUCUUCUUCAAUCUGUCAUGGGCUCCUAUAUCGUACGUCGUCGUCUCGGAGACUGCAGCCCUCUGCGUCAAAGAAAAGACAAACCUCCUCGCAUGCGUCGUAUCAGUACUUACGACCUUCAUCACGUCUUUCACCUGCCCGUACCUCAUCAACCCGCAAUACGCCGGUCUGGGCAGCAAGGUCGGGUUCGUGUACGGGUCGUUUGCUUUCGCCAUGGUAGGGCUUGCUUACUUCCUGAUUCCAGAACUCAAAGGCCGCACGCUCGAAGAGGUCGAUCAACUGUUUGAGAGCAAGGUCCCUCUGAGGAAAUUUGGCGGUGUCCGGACGAUGACGGCAGAGGAGUUAUAUCAAGGGGAUUUAGCUCCGAGGGGAAGAGGGAUCGGCGGUGGCAAGCUACAUGAUAAUGAACGAUAA